GCCCAACGAAUUUAAAAUAAGUGUGUAUCCGCGCUUUCUUGCAUUUCUUUAUCUCGUACAUAUCUUUAUACAACACAAAUUUUAUAUAUCUCUUUGAAGUAUUUUUCAAGGGGAAACAUAGACUUCUAUUGCUUGAUUAUUAUGCAGAAACAUCACUCUUCAAUUGCACCUGAUACCGCUGUGCCAAGCCCUGCCGGCUAUGACAAGCAUCUACAAGUGUAUCCAGUUAAGGAGAAAGAUUCCACUCGAAAACCUGUCAAACCUCGUCCUUUUUUGUUCCGAUUUCGAUCCGCCAGAACGUUCAUUUUUUGGACCGCCGCAACAGGUCUUUUCACCAGUACCUUUGUUCAUUCCAUCCUUUUCCCACUGUCACCAUUUAUUGUCAGCCGUAUAAAAAAUGGCGACGAUAUCAAUCAACAAGCUACAUACGACAUUACUGAAGAAAGUAUAUCCACCUCUAGAGACACCGGUAUUCUCGUAGCACUAUAUGCUGUUGGGCUCCUGUCUGGAUCACCGUUUUUCGGGUGGCUAGGUGAUAAGAUCAAGCAACGGCGAAUCCCCAUGUUACUCGGCAUUCUGGCUUCCAUCGCCGCGAAUAUCAUGUUCAUGUUCAGUACCAUGUAUUGGAUGCUACUUGUUGCGCGAUUUCUGCAGGGUGUCUCGAAUGCGUGUGUAUGGACAAUGUGUCUCUGCUUGAUUGCAGACAACUAUCCUAGCGAUCAAUUGGGAUUACAGAUGGGAAAAUUGGUCGGCUUCUAUCCUCUCGGGAUGAUGGUUGGAUUACCCUCUGGAGGCGUGCUUUACAGUAAACUCGGCUACCAGGCACCUUUCAUUGCGUCCAUGAUAUUUUGUGUUAUUGACCUUUUGAUGCGAUUAAUCAUCAUUGAGCGCAGCACGGCUCCUCGGGAAUGGUUUAUGCAGGACGAUGAAGUAGAAGAUGUGAUGAAUGAUACCUGUUCGUCUCUCCAUGAAGAUUUGAAACUGAAAAUUACAUGGUUUCAAUUGAUCAAGCAGCCUCGGUUAAUCGUAUCACUCUUGUUAACCGUUGUCGUGGCCACUGUCAUGAGUGGAUUCGAGCCAACCUUAUCGAUGCGACUUGCUUCUGAAUGGCAUUUUGAUGCAGCAGCUUGCGGCUUGAUUCUCAUAGCUUACAUGGUUCCGUCGAUUAUUUCUAGCGCUGUCUGCGGCUGGUUAUGUGAUAAAUUCGGUACAAAGAUCGUAGCCAUUGUCUCGUUGGUUCUCGCUAUUCCUGCCUGCAUAGCGAUGGGUAUUCCGACACACGAAACGUCGUUUUGGCCUCUUAUUCCUAUGCUAGCAAUGGGUGGUAUUACCAUUGCUGGUUGUCAGUCACCAGUCUUCCCUGAAAUCGCUCGAGCCGUAGCCGCCGAGAACAAAUCCAGCAAUGAUCGUGACGGUCUCGCACGGAGUUACGCUCUUUUCAAUGCUGCUUAUGGCACGGGUAUGUGUCUUGGUCCUUUCAUGGCUGGUUUCAUCUAUGGAAGUAUUGGCUUCUUUUGGUUAUGUGUCACAUUGAGUACCAUGUUCGUCGGAUGUAUACCACUGGUUUUCAUUUAUCUCGGAGAUAAGGGCCACCUUAUCAAGCGAAAACAGUCAUCCACUGAAGGAAAUGACAACUCUAAAAUUACCGUUUCCCAUUCCCUCUCCUCUUUCCAUUCCUCUCAUUCUGUCGUCGCCUAAAAGAUGUGUAAUUAUUUGUAAUGUACAUAUUAUUUAUAUCUAUAAGCAUUUAUAAAAGGAAGUUGACUCGCAUUCUGCAUUCAAUUGACGAGUUCAACAUGAAAUCAUCCCUCUGUCAUAUCUGUCGAUAAUAUUGAUGACAUCGUGGAGGGGAUUUGAGGUUGAUCUGCCGGGCUAACAAUAUGAAAGUUGCUUGGUCAGUCUGAGAAAUCAGGCAAUUUUAUGCUUUAUGCAUGGUGC